AUGAUCCGAGUCCUGCCAACUGUCGUGUGCUUCAAAGACGGCGUGGCCUUUCCAACUCGCGUCAUUGGUUUUGACGGACUUAUGAACAAUGACGACAAUGCUGAAGUGUUGAAAAUUGGUUGUCCCAUGAACCGCCAUGCCCCAUUUGGCGACAACUUUCCUACUGCUGCCCUCGCCCGUAAAUUAGUGGAGAUUGGCGCUAUUCGUGAACAUAGCGACAGCGAGUAG